AUGGGCUAUGUUACACAGGAUGCACCUCCUGCCGAAGGCUCUACAGGCCACACUUCAGGGAAUCACAGGCAGCGGCUUAUCCCACAGCGUCUUCUGUCUGCAAGCAACAGCAAUGAGUUACUUAUGAAUCUUAAUAAUGCUCAGCUUCAGCCUCUACAGCUUCAGGGCCCAUUUAAUUCAUGGAUUCUUUCUCUCUCUGGGAUUUUACAACAGGCACAGGCUCAAAUUCCAGGACUCUCCCAGUUCUCUUUAUCAACUGUAGACCGGUUUGCUGGACUGCUCCCAAAUCAGGUACUUCUCCCAGCCCAAGGUACCCAGGUGAGACAGCUGGACCACUCACAGCCUCAAAUACCACCGCAGACACAGCAGGGCCCUAAUGAAGUUAUGCCCUACGUGUUCUCCUUCAAAGUGCCUCAAGAGCAAGCACAGAUGCUUCAAUACUAUCCAGUUUACUUGCUCCUACCCUGGGAACAGCCUCAACAAACAGUCGUGCAGUCACCUCCACAAACAGGACAACAGCUAUUUGAGGAGCAGAUGCCAUUCUAUACUCAAUUUGGAUAUAUUCCACUACAAGCAGAACCUGUUAUACCAGGAGGACAGCAGCAACUAGCUCUUGAUCCCUUCAUAGGCGCAGCUCCUGAAAUUGCUGUGAUGCCAGCAGGAGGAGUGAUACCAAAUUUACAAAAAGAAAUGACAAACUUUAAGCCUGCCAGUGCAGGAAUUUUCAUUCCUUCAACUUCACAAAAACCAAGCACAACAAAUUAUUUUACUUCUGCUAUAAACCCAACCAUUGCCCCAGAGCUCAUGGAAAAGAAGGUAGAGUAA